UAAAAUGGUAUCUUGUCCGUAUGUCUACUAAGUUUUUAAACACGAAAUGGAAAACGUCCUAUCUAAGAUGGCGUUUUCUAAUUCGGAAAAUCGCUUUUCGAUAACAUUCUGUGUACGUUUAUUAUAAUUUGAUAUGUAUUGAUGUGGCAUAUAACAGGCUGUUUACCAAAUGGCUGACGUUAAGCAACUCACAAGUUAUUUCGAAAACAUUUUCGAUGCUAAGGCAGAACCCUUUCCCAGGAAAACUGGCUUCAAUCAGUCACUGAAAAAGGACUCUAGCAAUUGGGUGCAAAAUGGUGAACCAGGAAAUUUUUGGAAAGGUAAUGACUCGGUAGAAAAACCAUUAUGUGAAAAAGAAAUUAAAUACGUCUUUACUCGGGAGGAUUACAAUAAAUUACCAGGUUUGUUCACAGAUACAAGUAGACCGCUGGAAAAUGCAAGCCAGACUUCUCAUGCUAAUACUAAUAAGGCUACAGGGCGUCAAUACCAAACAAAUCAAGAGCCCGAUGUUCAAAGAACGCCAAAAGAAGGGGUUCAAAACGGUUGUGUCAGAGAAAGGGGUCCCUUACCCGGUUCCAACCGUAAUAUAGCACACCUAGUUGGCGUAGAUCAGGUGUCGGAAAAUCAUUCACCACGUUCAUACAAAGAGCCGUUAAAUGCAAGAGACGAAAGCAUCACUCAUGAAAAGAAGAGGCGAUGGAAAAGUACGACAUCCAAUGGAAGCUCUGGUAUUUAUACCGGAUCUUUCACUGAUCGGAGAAGCGUGACUGGAGAAAGACUAAAAGAUGAGAGUGAUGUUUGCAACACACAAAGAUAUGUUGAGACCAUACCUUACAGUGAACAAGCUCCACUCGUCAAGAAGUUCUCAAGUGAACCAACCGUUUUACAACCUAUAAAACAAAAAACAUAUUCUCAAGACAAUGUAAUUAACAUCAACGGCAGCAAUGUAGAAAUCCAUAAUUUUGAGUCUGGAUAUUCAGAAGGCUUGACAGCGAGCCAGAUUUCGGUGUUUUCUUCGUCUGAGCAAGAAAUCCGAGAUUCAAUUGCAGCCCACACAAAGGUCAGUCUUGAAGAACAUGAACAGUGCGUGAAAAUUCCUGAGCAAAGACGACUGAAAAAAGCACGUAAGAUUUUCGAGGAAGAAGGGUUUGUAAUGAUAAUGGGAGACAAUGGUUCCGGUUCUUCGCAUCUUGCAUGGGACGUGUUCUCGGAGUCCAAUAGUAAAGAAAAGUAUAACUUGAUAGAACUUUCUAACUUUGAAAAAUGCAUUCACUCAAAAGAAUAUGUCACAAUUCUAGUUGAUGACGCAUUUGGAGAAGCAAAGCUGCAAGAUACCGCGUUGGACACAUGUCUGAAAUAUGUAAAGUUGUGUAAAAGGAAGAAAUCCUCAAGGAAUGUGAAGAUCAUUUUCACCGUAAAACACCAUAUUGCCAGUCAAUGCAAACGUCAGCUUGAUGAUUACAGAAAAUGCAUAGUGGACUUGGAGGAUCCAAAGAUACAGCUUGACAGUGACGAGAUGUUUGAAAUAUCAAAGGCGAUACUCGAAAAUCAUAAAGAAGAGUUGAAGGUCAAACUUGUUAACAGUGAUGGGAAGGAAGACCGAUCAGAACAUUGCAAAGGAUGGCAUUGUAUCUCAGAAUCGCUUCUUUCAGAUAUCGCAGAAGCAGCUCAUCCUUCGGGCUUUCCAAAGAAAUUUAAACAGUUUCUAGACACAAGAGAAAAAAUAAGACAAGGUCUGCAGUUCUUUACGCAUCCACCAGAGGAUCUUUUUGAAGCACUCAAUUGUAUGAAAAAGUCAAAAAGCCAAGAUGAUCGUGACAAAUUUUUAACAUUAAGCCUGAUUGCAAUAUGUGGGGAGAAACUGAAGUUUGAAGAUGUCGCUAGGAUUGAUGACUCUCGUAGUCAACGUGUCUUACCGGUAACGCACAAGAACUCAAAAAAGAGAGGAAAAGCAAAAACCAAAGCAAAAUUAUGCGAAGAUGAGAUACCGUGGUGGAUAAAGAUCGUUAAUUUCUACGCAAAACAAUGCCCUAAGUCCAUGCUAGAAUCGGUAAGGACGGGAGAAGAGCUUUUAAGAAACACCCAUAUAAAGGAAGAGGUGAAAGGAAUCUAUGUUUUUGCUGCCCCUUGUGUGAAAAAUGCAACAUUGAUAGCCAUCGGUCAGGACUUUCCACAAUAUAUAAUGAAACUGUCUGAUAUACGAUUCUUCAAGGAAUAUAUCAGCGUCGAUACUAAUUUCGGAGAAGAUGGCAAACGAUACAUUAAUAUUGAUGUUUCUGACAAAUCACAAUGUUCUGAGGCAAAUGACAGACUGAUUGAACUCUUCGAGGCCGGCGACAUAGAUUCGUUCGCAACCCAUAAACUAUUCCGACACGAAAUGUUUGCUAUGCAGUUUCUUGACUAUUUUGGAAAAACUAAAGAUUGGCUUAAGAGUUUCAUUAUCAGCUCCUCAAAAGAAAACGCAAAGUGCGUUCUUGAUUGUGCGUUGCACGAGUCAGAAUCCUUCAAUAGAAGACAAAACAAUUUGGCCAAGUCCGUUUUCCUUCAUAAGAACUGGGGUGAGAAGAGAAAAAAUUAUCGCGGAUGGUCUACACAAAAGGAAUAUGACAUCAUUCUGUACUGCUGCAAACAUGGCGACGAAGACAUGUAUUUUAAACUAAGGAAUAAGUACAAUGUCAAUAUAAACUAUCAAUGUCUACAUUUAGCAAUUAAAUGUGGAUCAUAUAUAAUAGUUGAAGACAUUUUGGAAUCGAUAUCAGCAGAUAUAACGGACGACCAGAAAUGCAAAUGUAUGGAGCUUGCCUUGCUUAAAUUUGCUGAAAAGCCAAUGAAGAAACGUACUAAGGUAAUAAAUGUCCUUCAAAGAUUCGUACCAGUCGACUACAAAGUAAAAGGUGUUGAUCCAGUCAUCCACACUGCAACUAAAGACGGCAACGGUUUGGUUAUAGUAGCUCUUGAAUAUUUUAAAGGAGACAUUAAUCUAAUUAACGUACAUGGAAAAACUAUACUGCACGAAGCUGUUCUGAAAAACAGGGCAGCAUUCCUGGACAUUGCACUGAAACAUGGGGCCGACCAAAAAAAGGCCGAUAAACACGGGCUACUGCCAAUUCACGAAUGUGCAAGGCACAACAAACCAUAUAUGUUACGUCUGCUCGUGAAAUCAGACGGUGAAAUCCUUUGUGCAACAGAUAGCUCAGGCCGACAGCCCCUUCAUCACGCAGCUAUCAAUAGUAGUUAUGAAGCAGCCACUUGUCUGAUAUCACAUGGUGUAGAUGUAGAUGUGGUUGAUGAUAAGAAAAGAACACCUCUACAUUAUGCCGCCGAAUCUGGUAAAGGAACCGUCAUUCACAGUCUUUUGGAAGCCAACGCAAACACAACUAAGCAAGAUGGAGAUGGGCAGUCUCCUUGGAUAAUUGCUUGUAAAAGCCAAAACAUAGAAGGUAUCAAACGUCUACUGGGAGAUGAAAACAUAGACGUGAAUUCACCAAUCGAUAACUUGUAUCCAAUACACGUGGUGGCUGCUACUGGAAAUUUAAGCGCAUUUAAAAGAUUGGUUGGAAAGGGGGCAAAUAUCAACGAAGUAACACUAGAUACUAAUGACACGGUGCUUCAUAUUGCCAUAAAACACGGUCACGAUAAACUUGUGGAAAACUUGCUAGAAAUGGAUGACUCAUUGGUAGACUUUAAAAACAAAAGGAAUGAAGUACCGCUGCAUACAGCCGCGCAGUACGGGAACUUCUUUGCAACAAAUGCUCUUCUCAAAGCUGGUGCCGAUAGGUCGGUGAUAAACAGAAAGUGUCAGAAACCAUUAUGCAUUGCCAAGCAAAAGCUUGGAGAACAAACGAAGGAAGAAGAUUACGAAAAGUACUUAUCAGUUUACAGACUUUUGGAUGGACACAAAACUAGACGUGAGACUGCUGUGUGAAAAAAGGCUCGAGACUCUAGUUUUUGUUUUGUUACUUUCUUCAUUUUUUUAUAAAAUGUUUGAUCGGAAUCUUUUGUUGCGCAGUUCAGUUUAUUAUUUAUUUUUCGAAAUUUUUCCUUUGUUGUAUUUUUUUUAUUUAUUAUUUUAGUGUAUUUAUAUUUAUUUUGUUUUGUUUUUAACUACUAACCAUACUAGUAGAUUGUGGGCUAAAAUGCUUAUGUGUGCAUGUUAAAUAUGAAAUUAAGAAGAUAUUUUGAAAUAUUUAGGAUGGAAGGCGAAAUGAAUAUGUAGUUUUAAAUGUUUGAAAUUAUUUUCCCAGCAAUAAAAAUAUGUUCUCCACACCCCUUAGUAUUGCUUCUCAGGUCGAAAUAUUUGAAAGUUGGGGUUUUACUGAGAAGCAGACACAUAUAUAGGGGUAAGUAAUUUAAAGUAACUUGCAACAAAAUCAUAAUACCCUUUCAUCUGUAUCUUGUUUUUCGUUUCGUCAAGAUACCAUGAUGGCAAUAAGGGGAAAGGCAGAUGUACAAUUUAUUAAACAAUAAAUCACCUUGUUAAUAAUUAUGAAGAUAAACCCUUAAUCUGCUUGAAUCGCAAAUGAUUAACCUGUGUCGCCAAUAUAAGUUUAACGCCAGGCCAGCCUGCAAAUCCGUCCAACCAGACAAGGCUACACCUAAAAUUUUGAAUUAACUGCUAAAAAUUGAAAGCGAGACACUUCCAUUACGUGAAGUCAGCAGGUUUGGGGCUAAGCUCAAUAUUCAUUCUUGCAUUUUGUUUCGGCAAGAGGAAACGAGAGCUGCGUGCAUGAAUAUUGUUGGAAUUUACUUGGAAACCUUUAAAGCAAAAGAUGCAUACAUAAGCCUUUUACCUAUCACAUUAUUAUAUUGCAUUUAAUCAGUAUUUAUAGAACGCAUUUAUAUACAAGUUGUAUAUCUUUGUUAUAAUGACUUCUAAUGUAUGUACAUUGUGUAGAAAAAAGCAACAAAUUGUUCUUUUGAUAUCUAGGUAAAUGCAGUGGUGUAUUACAAUUGAAGAACGUCGCACUCGUUAUAUAAUACUCCAUUUACUUUUAAUGCAUUCAUCCGAGUUAGUUCCUUCUUUUUUAUUGUCAUAUAAUUACAUUGCUGGUAGUGUUUUCAGUAACCUCUAAUCUGCCAUAUCAUCACAAGUUAUUUUUUCUGAACUUAUUUCACCUUGCUGUUAACAAGAUCACAGUACGCACAUAUUGUUAAUAAAACUGGUAUCAAGGCUCGAUAAAAAACAGUAGUACGGCGGAGAUGUAAUAAAAUAGUCAAAGUUUAUUACAUGGCUUUAAUUAAUUGUAAUAAAAACAAAUGCUUAAUAAUGCUCAUAGUUUUAACUCCACUGGUAGCAACAGAUCUUACCCAAGAUCAACCGAUGUGCCUCAAUGUGAUCAUGGUCUGCACUGUUUGCUAUUCAGUCAGUUCAUAUUUUGUAAUUUUCCCGAAAAAUUAUCAGUUUUGGACGAUUCUAUUUAUGAUAUUGAGGACAGUAAUGUUUAAUACCAAUACAAUGCUCGAAGCUUAUAACCCAUUCAAAGACGACACACUUCAAUAAACCUUGAAUCCAUUCAAGAUGUCAUUCUACUCAUGUAAGAAGAUUCAUAGAGUUUUUUUAUGUAAAAGUAUUCACAUUUUAUGUACUCAAUGUUUAUAAUCUCUUACUAGUAUUUUAAAAGCUGUUAUAUACAUGUAUUUUAAUUAUGUACAAUAUAUUUUUGUUUAAAAUAUUUACAUCUUGACUGGACACUAAAGUAUUUUCUUUAUUGGUAUAAAAUAAUGCAUAACUUUUUCUUUGAAUUUUUCUUCGAUUAUAAUUUACAAAAAGGUACUUUUUGAUGUAUACAUUUUACCCAUGACAUUCAAGUAAAUUACCAAUGACAAAUGUUUCUUUUUCCAGUUUAUGUCAUGUUCUUAUUUCUGUAGUUUUUUGUUUAUUAAUAUUUAAAAUUAAUACUAUGUUAUGUUUUUAAUAAAAUAUUUAACAGUA